AUGGGAAAGAAAGAUCAGAUUCACCUAAAUGAGAAAGACAAAGAGAGAGUUCAAGCUGUACUUGACCUUCUCAAGAAUCAAGUUCCUCUUACUCCAAAACAGGAGAAGUUCUGCAGUAAUGCUUGUGUUGAGAGGUUUCUGAAAGCUAGAGGGAAUAGUGUGAAGAAAACUGCAAAACAACUUCAAGCUUGUCUUCAAUGGAGAGAGAGUAUUGGCACUGAGCAUUUGAUAGCAGAUGAGUUUUCCGCCGAACUCGCCGAAGGCGUUGCUUAUGUCUCUGGCCACGAUGAUGAAUCCAGACCCGUCAUGGAUGAAGCAAGAGUACCAGAAAUUCCAUUCCCAAAAACUGUGGCAAUCCAAACUAUGCCCAAAAAUGUUGAACAAUUUGUUCUUCUCUUUGAUGCAAGCUAUUUCAGGUCAGCAUCAGCUUUUAUGAACGUGUUGUUGGCAAUACUGAAGAUCAUAUCCGAGUACUAUCCAGGCCGGCUACGCAAGGCAUUUAUCAUUGACCCUCCCUCUCUCUUUUCCUAUCUUUGGAAGGGAGUUGGGGCAUUUGUUGAGCUAUCACCAUUAACCAUGGUGGUAUCAUCAUUUGACUAUGAAGAGUCACUGUACUUCAACGACUCCACAACUUAUCGACGGGCCUCAUCCCUCCGAUUCGACCCCUCAUCGGUACCAUCAACGGCCAAGGUUGGCUCAUCCUCUUCCUCUAGGUUUUCCUUCACUGUCUCCCACCACCAUGACUCACUCAAACCAUGGUACCUUAACUUGACCGAUACAUCAGCAUCAAAAGUAGGCCCCAUCACACCCUCAUCAAGCAUACUAGGCCCAGCUCUGAUCUCACCCGUCAAUGCCCGUUCCCUCUCAUUUGCAUCACCCAUUGCCAGGAGGCCAUGUGGCAACAUCAAGACCGCUAAGAAGGGGUUCUUCCCAUCAACACCAUUGCCACAAAAGACCCAAAAAUUGGACCCCUCAACCAUCAACUAUCCAAGGACUCCAAGACCAUCAUUCCUUCAAUCACCAGCCUCGUUCUUCAGGAAGGAGUGCCACAUCAUCAGAGUUGACAAGUGUCGAGAAUCGUUUGUGCCCUUUUUGAGGUUCUAUCGACGGCCGUACGAUGAGAUGACUUACAGGUCAAAGAUGAAACCCCCACUAGGUGGCCUCAUCUCCAUCGUUUCUCCCCACGUCAAGAGCUGCGGCCACAUGUCUGCCUCUCAACGGUUUUGA